UGAAUCUCAUUAUACAUACAAUACGUAUACUUUAGUGUCAUGCCAAGAAUGUGAGUUACUGAAGCUCGAUCAUGGUGGUUAUCAGAGGAUACAUUUUACGUGUGGCACUAAUCGCAGUCGUGCUGAUGAUCACAUCCAAAACUGUGAGUGGUGAAUUUAUUCUUACUGUCCACUUCAUCAACUACACCAACCCAACCGGACUGUGUGCUGAAUGUGCUAUUCCACUGAGUGAUGUAGCAAGUGCUAACAAUUUAGUACCAGUGUGCUGUGAUGAGCUACCAUUCAUGUCUGGCAACUGUAACAACACAGGAGAGGGGAGAUGUGACACCAGGUUCCGUUGGAUCAUCAGACCAUUCGGUACAUCGCUAGAGACAAGACCUAGUAUGGGGUACUUCUUCACAGACUGUACAAUGUCCCCCAACACUUGCCCAUUCAGUGAAAUGAGCACAACAUUCGGUCAAGGUCCAACAGCACUACUGGGAGUAACACCCAAUCCUCUACCUGUUUCAAAAACAGAUAUUUUGUCGUGGACAGGACGAGUACAGUUCUUUAUAGAAGCUGUGGAUAGUGGACUCCCAAACAUAACAGACAGUCUGUUGAUUGACCUGGACACCCUCCAACUUGGAGCAGACUUCACAGAGGAGAUGACGUUCACUGGAUACCACAACAUAUCUCACAUGACCAUGAGUUUUAGAGUCGAGUGCUCUCCUGGUUUCUGUGGACCUGACUGUACCACCACACCUCUGAACAAUCCACGAGUGGCGACAUGUCAAACUGAUGGUAGUCUAACGUGUACUAACAACCGAUUAGACCAUUCACCUCUUGUAGCCUGCAAGGACUGCCUCUACAACCUGGACAACACUACAAACUGUUCUACCUGUUUGGAUGACAACUAUGACCCAACCACUAACUGUACAUCAUGUUUGUUGGAAUUCUAUGAUCUACAGACAAACUGCACCCAGUGUCUACCCAACAGAAAUCUCUCUACCAACUGUACCACCUGUUUGUCUGGAAGUAACUGCAAACUUGGCUCUUCCGUGAAUGUUGGUCUUGUGGGUGGUAUAGCUGGUGGAGUGGGCGGAGCUCUCUUCCUGGUGAUUAUCGUCUUGGUGAUCGUUGUGUGUGUGCUCGUAUGUCAAGUUCGAAGGAGAGGUCACGUCAAAUUUGUUUCAGCUCAUUAUGCCUACGAUAAUGCUGGAACUGGAACUGGAUCAUCGGCAGAACAUAAGUUUCAGAAUCCGAUAUAUGGCCCUGGAUUGGAAAUGGGCUCAAAGACUGGAACAGGGUCAUCAAAUGAUCACGCAUUUACUAAUUCACUGUACGAGACCUCGAACGUGCACACGAAAGAUGGUUACUCUCACCCUAGUGUCAGCCCGCCCUCACAUACGGUAAAAACAGGCACCCAGGAUCUCACGUCUACUCUUGAUCAACCAAUGUAUGAUACAGCCAGCUGUCUUGAUAUCAUCCUGCCAAGAGAAGGCACACCUGUUUACGACACAGCUGAUCAUACUCAUCAACCACCUCCUACCAACCCACAGAAUAAAGAAUAUUCUAAACUGCGUCAACCUCCAAUAACAAGUGUAACACCUCAGCCAACUUCUCUGGCUGACUAUGACACGGCCACCUUUAUUGAGCAGCCAGUCUAUGACGAAGCCUUCCCUCCAUUGGGUGAUCCCCUUUCUAAGAAAGGGACCAGGCAUCCGUCAAAGUCUGCUGGAGCUUAUGAAGAGAUUGAAGAUGAGGAUAUCCGUGGGAGAGACGAGUACGAUACAACUUACCCCCCUCCUACAGUUAUACCUAGUGUUAAUGCAUACUUGAAACUGGGUAAGCAUGAAGCUGAGCUCCCUGCAUACGAUGUAGCGAAUAAUCAUUACCCACAACAGUUACAGCCUAAAGCUCCACCUCCUAAUGGAAGUUUGUACGAUACUGCUGAUUAUCCCCAAGAGCAAGCAACUCGACCUGAACACGAUUAUACAGAAACUAGUGACUUUCUUCCUACUUCAAUAAAAGAGGAAACGUCUCAACGCACCAGUGAAUAUGCAGACGCUAACGAAUUCCUUUCUGGUUCUUCCUCUGUCAAACAUUCGUAUGACUACGUAGACAAUCCUAUAGAUGGUUCAAAUGCAUUGCCCCCUGCAUUAGCCCCCCUGGCUAGCUCUGUGUACACGAACACAACGCCUGGCAAGAUAACACUUGAGGCCGAAUCUCAUUAUGACCUAGGGCAGUGAGUGGACAUGUUCGUUUGUAUAUAUAGUUUUGUACCUUCACUUCCGGUUCACUUGAAUUGUUAAGCUGUAAAAUCAUAAUAACCCAUCCCUUUCCUUCUUUGUACACCUACACUGCACCAUAAAAUAUUUUGGUUGUACCAUGUAAUGGUACAACCAGUCGGCAA